AUGGGAAAUUUUUUAGCAUUGUUGAUGCUCAUACUCCAACUAACCUUUUUCACUCCAUUUGCUGAAGAGUUUGAAACAACUCUUCAAGAACUUGAUGCUUUUAAGCCUUCGGUUCCUGUUAAGCCUGUCCCUGUUAAGCCUGCCCCUGUUAAGCCCCUUAAGCCUCCUAUCCCUGUUACCCCUCCUACGCCUAUUAAGCCUCCUGCCCCUCGUACCCCUCCUACCCCUAUUAAGCCUCGUGUCCCUGUUACCCCUCCUAUCCCUGUUACCCCUCCUACGCCUAUUAAGCCUCCUGCCCCUCGUACCCCUCCUACCCCUAUUAAGUCUCGUGUCCCUGUUACCCCUCCUACCCCUGUUAAACCUCCUGUCCCUGUUAAACCUCCUACUCAUGUUACGCCUGCACCUGUUAAGCCUCCUGCUCCAGUCACGCCUGCACCUGUCAAGCCUCCUGUCUCUAUUAAACCUGCUCCUGUUAAGCCUACUCCUGUUAAGCCUGGCCCUUUUGUGCCUAAUCCAAUUUCCGUCCAUAUCCCUGUUAUGCCUAUACCUGGUAUUACUGUCCCUAUUACACCUGCCUUUGUUACGCCUCCUGCCCAAGUUGACCCUCAUGCCCUUGUCACGCCUGCCCCUGCUGAGCCUCCUUCCCAUGUUACACUUUCCCCUGUCGAGCCACCGAUUAUUCCAACAAACCCCCUUGCUCUGGCUUACUCGCCAUUGCCAUUGCGUCUCAAUCACAUCUCUAGAAAAUUGAUGGUUGUUUAA